CCACGCACACACACACACCGAAUCAGGAAUGCAUUUCGAUUAUUUUGGUCUGUCGGCUGGGGUUUGAGCCACGGUCCACAGCGCGAGCUCCCGCCCGUCUACCCACUGGAGACUCACCGAACUGCAUAAAGAAAAACCCAACUGAUCCGGCGCGGCAAGGUGAGAGUGCCAUGCUUGUCAGAGGGGUGAGAGAGUGAGGCGAUGGGCUGCACCUCCGCUAAGCAGGUGUCGGCCGUGCCCAGCGAUGAGGAGGGCCGGGGCAAGGCCUACAGCAACGGGGACGUCUUCACCGAUGAGUACAAGAUGAAGGGAGUGGAGGAGGUGAAGUACAUACGCGGAGAGGAGGACAGAGUGAACACCCGCAACCAGGAGAACCUGGAAAAGUGCGCAAGUUCCUACAGGGGAAAACAAAAGGAGGUCCCAGGAACGAAUGGCAACAAGACGAACAUCCACACGUCAGAGAGCCAGCAGGAGUUCUUCAGGAUGCUGGAUGAGAAGAUUGAGAAGGGACGGGACUACUGCUCUGAGGAAGAGGAGGAGGUGACAUAGCACAACGGCCUUCAAGUCUGCCCCUCAGCGGCCCCCUUCCCCCAUACCCAAGAGAGACAACUUGAGACUGUGUGUGUGCGUAUGUGUGUGCGUGUGUGCGUAUGUGUGUGUGUGUGUGCGCCUGUGUUUGUGGAAGAGAGACCGUGAGAGCGAAGGUUGGCGUGCUAUUUUGGACCAAUGAGAGCUACCCUGAUUUGGGACAAGCCUGCUGGAAGGGAGGGAGGGAGAGAGGGUCCAUCUGUCCCUCUUUCCCUCCGUCCCGCACGAAGACAGCUCUGCCCCCCCCCCCAUGCUCCCCCGAGGAGGCGACUCCCUGAACGGAGGGACCGGGACUGUAAAAAUGGAGCAGAAUGUGGAAAAGCGUGCGCUCGCUCUCACUUCCUGCCCCGCUCUCCUCUCCGCCCGGCCCUGUGAGACAGACUGCACACGCUCACUCCUGCAGGAAGGGAGGGAGGGAUGGAGGGGGCGUGGCCUUCCUGCUGUCAUGUGAACUGAGAAUGAACUCUGGAGUGAUGCUGGUGACCUGAGAGCCAAGAGCAUUUGAAUGGGGGGUGGGGGUUACAGAGGGGUGGGUGGUAAGAGAUAUUUAGAUUUGUUAGAAGCUACAGACAGAACGAAAAGUAAUUUGAGGACUCACUCCAGCCUUUAAAAAACGUUUUUCUUUUUUUCCCUCAAUACUGUACCGUUUUUACGUUUUCUUGUCGUUGGUCUCUAUGUCUUUGGCUUCUGUCUCAGUGCAGCCCUUCCCUCCGGCUAGCUAAACGUCUAAGUGGUGAAAAGGUGAAAGGUUGCAGGGUUCCUGUGCCCCAGGCUGUGUCUCUGUGUUUAAACCCCUCUUUCUCAAGGGACUCUUUAAAAGCCAUGACACUAAAGCACAUGACCUGUCACUCACGCGGCCCAUGGCACUGAUCGACCCCGCCCCCAGCGUCCCGGUGUGUCCAAUCAUGUUUCCCGCCCCUGUGUGUGCAGUUUGGGCUUCAAAUCAUUCCUCAACUUCGGCAGUAUUACAGCUCAGUGGCAGUACACACACACACACACUCUCACACUCGCGCACCCACGCACACCUUUGCUUACUUGGACAAAGACUGAACCAUUGGAGCAGGGGUCACCUAGAGGCACAGACCUGAUCAUGCUUCUGUCUUCAUUUAUGGAUUAUUCCUUUUUUUAUUUUUGAUGGGUUAUUUUUUUGUGUGUUUUUCUAUUAAAAUAAACACAGGAGCUGUUUAUACAACGGUG